AGCACCUCCCCGUCUCUCCACCGACUGGCCCAGGCGAGGAUUUUCAUCGAAAACAUUCACCGCAGACUGCGUACCAGAGCCGGGGGGAAACGGUGCUACGACGAACGGAGAACCGACGCUAUGGACCCAACAGCAUGACAGCCGACUCCAUGGCGUUUUUUGAAGUUGGUGUUUAGAGGCGUUAAAAGGAUUCAACAGCAAUGAAUGCGGUAUCACUUGUCAGAUAGAGAGGGGCCAAAGUGGACUAUCCCUCCCUCGGUAGAUGCCUUCCGCCCGAUGGAGGCUGACGAGACCUUUGCAGCGAGUUCGAGGCCCGGAGGGUCACCUGAGAAACACCUCGUUGCAGGACGCAAUUAAGGACAAGACCGUGCACACCUGUCUGCGCUUUCGAGGACUUACUAGACAAGUUGUUAGUGAGCACAACAACAAAAGUUAGCUGCGGGAGGCGAACCCCCCCUGCACAAGAUGACUAUCAUAGAUAUCACUUAGCGAGAGGUUACUCACCGCCUCAGGUAACACAGGACAGGUGAACAACGUUACUCUUUAAAACGGACUGCACACUUUUAAAAAGUCACACCAACUAAUUUGUCUGCGAGAAUUCAGCAGUUUUUUUUUUUAAGUUCUGUUUUUUACUCACCAAGAGUCAACCAUGUCACUCAAAGACAAUGCUUGUCGGAAAUUUCAAGCCAACAUUUUCAACAAAAGCAAAUGCCAGAACUGCUUCAAGCCCAGAGAAUCUCAUUUGCUGAACGACGAAGACUUAAAUCAGGCAAAACCUAUAUAUGGAGGAUGGUUGCUGCUGGCUCCAGAGGGAACGAAUUUUGACAAUCCGUUACACAGAUCUCGGAAAUGGCAGAGGAGGUUCUUCAUCCUUUACGAGCAUGGCUUACUGCGCUACGCUCUGGACGAAAUGCCCAGCACCCUGCCACAGGGGACGAUCAAUAUGAACCAGUGCUCCGACGUCAUCGACGGAGAGUCCAGGACGGGGCAGAAGAACUCUCUGUGCAUCCUGACCCCGGAGAAAGAGCACUUUAUACGCGCUGAGUGCAAAGAAAUUAUCAACGGGUGGCAGGAGGCUCUGACUGUUUACCCCCGGACCAACAAGCAGAACCAGAAGAAGAAACGCAAAGUGGAUCCACCCUGUCACCAGGGUGGAAGAAAUGCAAGCCAGUGUUUUUCCACUGAGGACACGAAUGGACACCCAGAGCCCGGCCCUGCCAAGGUGACGGUAACAAGCAGCGGGGGGGGCAGCAUCCCCUGCCUGCCCAGCAGCAUCGCCGGCGCUGAGAGGGUCCCGAUGAGCCGCACCACUCUGUGGCAGGAGGAGAGCCGCUGGAGCCGCGCCUCCAUCCCCUGCAGCCGCAGCGCCUCCUGCCUCAGCCAGCUGGGCCAGAGCCAACCGGAGUCCAGUGUCACUACUCAGGACGGUGAGGGCAACGAUGACAAAUUCCUCAACAUCCUGCACCUAUGCUUCACUCAGCAUGAUGUGAAAGCUGCAGACCUGGGCUUUAAGGGACAGUUCAACCCAAAAUGA